AUCUAUUUUUGGACAACUGCACUCCAUGGUUACUCCAUGAAUGAAAGACUUGUCAAAUUUCCCACCUGCUCCACCAAACAAAGUAUAUACCUUACGAAAUAUGGCUUGUCUAAGUGGGCAGGUGCGAUCAGUUUUCGUAUUUGUAUUUACUAUCCCCAAGCUCUUUUUCGUGUUCCACUUCCACUCCGUAUCUCUUUUUUCCCAAACAUCUUAUCUUGUCUCUCGUUUCCGGGAAUUUUUGGCAUCAAAACCAUUACUUUCGUUUAUAUAAUACGGUUCUUCUUGUCAAAAUGAGGACUUCUUUUCCUUCUAUCAUUAAUUUGAGUCUCGUGGCUUUGAUCGCUGCUCAUGGCUCGAGUGCCAAAAGCACAUCUUGUGUCUCUUCUUAUCAACAGUGUUUAGACGACGGCGGAGCUGAUAACACAUGCCAAUCUAUUAAUGCCAAGUGCAAGAACUCAUGUGCUGAUAGCUAUGGAUCGUGCCUUUCGUCGUCCGAUACAUCAUCAUGCAUGAAUUCGUACAAUAUUUGCUUGGAUGACUUUACCAUAUUCACCACCACCCAGGAUUCGGCAGGAAAAGACUGUGCAUCUCUUUUCUCGGCCUGUCAUGAUGCGGGAACCCCUGACAAUACUUGCAACAGUUAUGCAGCUCAAUGUAGGCAUAGCCUUCUGCUACCGGUGUUGAUUAAAGCAUAUCACUGACGAGACCAGGCAAGGACAAAUGCAGCACGAUUUAUGCCACGGCUCUCACGAGUGGAUCUCCAGAUACAUCAGCAGCUAAGACACAAUACAAUAAUUGUUUAGAUUCCCUCAGCGUCUUUUCGACUAGGGAGUCCUCCUCUAGUCGCGAUUGGUCAGUUUAAAUAGCUCAUAAAUCUCAUGGUUCUCGGAAGCGGGCUCUAUUCCCCAACUUCAAAGCCUAUUUGUGUCUUACAGUUCACAUCUCUUCUUCUCACUUUCCAAAAUGAGUUAAUUCAUUGGCUUCCCCAAAAACUUUCCAUUACAAGACUAAUUCUAACUUUCUGAACUUAGUGUCUCCCAAUUUUCAGCCUGCAGAGCCAACGGCACCGAUGAUAACACAUGCAACUCAUACACAGCGCAGUGUAAAGUGAGUGCAAUAGUUUCUUUAUUAUCGAGCCCCGUAUCAAAAACUCCUGCUUCCUUCGAUCUUGUAAAUUCUCAGGCGCAUGGAACUCUCAUCUUCGAACCAUGCGGAUCUUAUCAUCAUCCCCAUUUUUGCUUCAUCAUCUCAUCUAGGGAUCAUUCUCCAACUUCUACUAUUUGUCAUUUUGUCCUGCCGAAAUCUAAAUCACAUGGAAACUUCACCGAGUUGACGAGUUAAGGAUUUGACAAUAUUUGAAAAGUGGCAAGAAGCUAGAAUGCCAUUCUCUUUCCAAAGAAAUAUGGAACAGCUUCGUAUUGAAAAAUGCCGUAAGCUACAAGGUACUUCGAGGUGAAAGUUCACGUGGCGGAUAGACACAAGCGUUCCUAAUUCACCACUUCAUCCAUCAUGCCUACCGUUCAAGUCGGCGGAAUCCAAACCCAUGCCCGGAUAGUUUGAGGGUGUUACAGACCCAUAGUACUAUACUUUCCUUUUGCUUCCCAUUUUCCUUGAAAAGGUUUCUUCAAUGGGCGAUAGCUGACUUGGACGAUUUUACAGGAUAAAUGUAGUGCGAUUUACGGCAUUUGUCUGAGCAGCGGCAGCGCAGAUGACUCCUUAUGUAUGAAUCAAUAUAACAAUUGCUUAGAUUCCUUCACGGUUUCGACUUCAUUGGAUUGCGUUAGCAGUUUCACUUGUAAGUUAAUCCAUUCACUACUCUCUUGAUACGCCAAUCAAUCUUCAUUCCUGAAUUCCAUCAUCCAUUUGAUGUCAUAUAUCGCAUAAGAUUUCUAAUACCUGAUAUCGCCUUGUCUUCGCCUUACUCAAAAGCUCCCCCAGUUAGGCUAUUGCUAACUCCAGAAUUUUAUAGCAUGUAGAAAUGAAGGCGGCGAAUCGAAUACUUGUGCUUCUGAAUCUGCCACUUGCAAGAACGACGCUAGCAUCAAUUAUAGCACUUGUCUUUCUAGCGGAAAUGCUGAUGGAACAGCAUGUCUUGAACAAUAUAAUUCAGCCCUCGUCCAAUUCAAUACUACCACCUUGUUGAACAAUACCAGCUGUGUUUCGAGAUUCACAAAGUGCAAAAACGAGGGAAAGGAAGACAGCUUAUGUCAAAGCCUUAAUGCCGACUGCAAGGUUCGUAAACCGUUCAAAAGCGCUUCUACUUUCUACACCUCAUUCUGUACUCCAACACGAAACCCCCAGUUUACAGUCCUUUAAACACACACUCUGUAUGUCUUAAUCGCUGACUCACCGACUUAAUUUAGACCGAUUGUUCUACUUCGUACUCCACCUGUCUCAGUUCCGGUGAUCCAGCUCUUUCAUCGCGUUGUCUUGAACAGUAUAACUUCUGUCUCGUGACAUUUGCCUGGGACACUACAGCUGCCAUUACCGGGCAAGAUUGUGUAUCUGAGUACAUGUCGUCUACCGGAGAGGAUAAUGCACGCAAUUAUAAGGCGGCUCACUGCAAGUCGUAAGUCAAAUCACUUUUUCAUACAACAACCCCUGCUUUUAAAGGUCUAUGUGGAAAGUUUUAUAUCUUGGGACCUUUCCAUCUUCUUCCAUAACUUUGGUGUCUCCUGGCCUUGGAGCUUUAUUUGGUAGCCAAUUACUGACUUCCCGAUCCUUUAGUGGGUGUUCCACUAGUUAUAGCACCUGUUUAAGUUCAGGCGACAAAUCUCUCGAGGCGCCUUGUCUUACGCAGUAUAACUUAUGUCUCGUAGACUUCAAAUCCUCGAUCACGAAAGCCGACUGCGCCUCCAGUCUUCUCCUUUGUGACGAAGAGUCAAAUUCUUGUGCUGCUAAUGUAGCCAGUUGUAAGAAUACGUGCUCCGUGGCCCUAGAUAUUUGCCAAAGUUCAGGGGAUCCAGCCCUCACUGCACCAUGCCAAAAGCAAUACCAGUCCUGUCUUGUUUCGUUCAACGCCGCUACGGCUGCUCUUAAAGGAGAUUGCGUGGCGUCAUUCCUGUCUUGCAGAAAUAAUGGCGGUGCAGAUAAUGCAUGUUCUUCGGUGAGACUCCCUGAAUUUUUCAUGAACAAUUUUGAACCACCAACGACUAACAUCACAAUCUUCAUUAGGAUAUGGCCAGUUGCAAGAACAAAUGCAGCUCUGUCUACGAUAUCUCCAGCACCUCUGCCGAUAACUCAACCAUCGCAGUAUCCCAAGCUCUCCGUCUGUACGACAAUUGUCUUGUGUCUUUCUCCAUGAAUGACACCAUUCCCACCGGCAAAGACUGCUCCUCCAAAUACUACGCCUGUUCUCUCGCUGGCCUCCAAGCUCCCAAUGCCUGUGACAGCGAUCACGCCACCUGUAAAAACGAUUGUGCAGUGAUCCUUGACGCAUGCCGAAGUUCUGGGGAUGAAAGUCUCAUCAGUAUGUGUGAUAGUUUGUACAACGGUUGUUUGGAUCCGGUUCUGAAUAGCAAUAUAACGACGAAGGAGAAAGCUAAGAUUAAUGAUACCGCGACUUAUGUUUUGCCCACGAAACCUGCUUUCUUCAACUUAACUGGGGCGUAUUCAAGCAUUGUGGGCGACGCAGUUCCUUCGGCCGCUUCGAUAUAUAUUAGCGGUGUUCCAGCAACAUCCACAAAUGGGACGGGAUACUACGGACAAGCUACUUCGAUUUCGAAAGCAGCAUCUGCGACAGGUAAUGUUGAGAUUUCUGGCUCAGCACUUCCUUCUGCUAUCGUGGCGCCUGUCUAUUCAAAUGGUACAUCUGCAAGCCAAGCAUCCAGUACCAGUACUGCCGCUACAGCCAGCUCUGGAUACUCUCUUCCGGUUGUUACAGCUUCCGCUAGUUACUCAUUGACCAAUACGACUUCAACGUCUGCGAUCAUAAUUCCUACAACCAGUACACUUGCGUCUGCUGCUAUGAUCGAGAUUAAGAAUUCUGCUGGAGUUGAUAGAUCAGUCGCUGAUGGUACCAGCGAUAUCGAUGAGGAAGAAGAAGAUGACGAUGCCUGCGAAAUUUAAGUUCGCAGAAUAAUCGUUGAAGUUAGCUCAUGGUUAAUUAUAUAAUAACUAGCGUGUGUGACAAAUUGUCAUGAGGAUAAUAAUAACUUUUGCUUAUACUUGUUGAUAUG